AUGCCCAUUUCUACCAAAGAUCCUUACGUACAUCAGUUUGUGGACUCCAAAUUUGAGCAAGUGUUUCGAUCCUUGCCUAAAUCAAAGCUUAUAAAGGAUGCCUCUGAAGUCAUAAAACAAAAAACGAUUGUAACUUACGAGCCAGAACAUGCAUUAACUCCUUCUACUAUCAAUCAACAAAAUGAGGAAUCAAAUCUAGGCUCAGAAAAGAAAGCCAAGAACAAACGAAUUUACAACAACUUAGAGAAACAGACAAAGCGGCCCACAUUGGCUAAGAAUAAUGAUGAUCCCAUGAGUCCUUCAAAAGCAAUUAAUGUAAAAGAGGAAAAGAAUAGCAGCUUUGAUAGCAUACAUACCAAAGAGGCAUUUACAACUCCUAUAAGAAACCCGUUUGAUAUUUCCCAGCACCAGUUUAUGGGUUCUACCACAAAUCUAGGUACUAAAAUAACUGAUGUUCAACCCCAGACUUCUCCUUUGAAUGAUAUAAACAUUUUCGAUGAUUCUAAUGAACCAAUGGUUACAAAAGAUUCUAGGGAUUCUUCAACUUUUUCUUCGUCUGCCAGAGAAUGCAAAACUAAUUCUGAAGAGCCACAGUUUGAUGGAGACAGUGUCAGCGACGAACUGCCUCUGAAGGAAAACUUUGCAAGAGAUAAAUUUGAUAAAAAAACUUCUAAAACUGAAUUAAGGAAGCUACAAACGUUUGGAAAGUUAUUUAUGAAAGAGGGCAAGCGAAGGGAAUCGCCUACGCUUUAA